AUGUCCAACUUGUUGAAUUUGCUGAGAUUCGGCGCACGGAGAGACCUGAGUGCGUGUCGCGCAGUUUCUCAUCUGACUCUGAGGACUAUAACCUGCUCGUCAAGACGUCACACUGCGCAGAGUGAGCCCACGUCAGUUUUGGGGAAAAGAUGGAAAGACACGGCAGACACAGUGAUCAUUGGUGGGGGCUGCGUGGGGGUCAGUCUGGCCUAUCACUUGGCCAAAAGCGGCGUGAAGGAUGUCGUGUUGUUGGAGAAAACUGAGCUGACAGCUGGUUCCACCUGGCAUGCUGCAGGUUUGACCACGUACUACCACCCAGGCAUCAACCUCAAAAAGGUUCACUAUGACAGCAUUAAGCUGUAUGAAAAGUUAGAGGAGGAAACUGGCCAGGCUGUAGGCUUUCACAACCCAGGUAGCAUCCGUAUUGCUUCCACGGCUGCACGUGUUGAUGAGAUGAAAUAUCAGAUGACCCGGACACACUGGCAUGUCACAGAACAGUACUUAAUUGGUCCUGAGAAAGUCCAUGAGCUCUUUCCACUGUUGAAGAUAGACCAGGUGUUGGCAGGUCUGUAUACCCCCGGGGAUGGCCAUAUAGACCCCUAUUCCCUCACUAUGGCCCUGGCGGCUGGCGCUCGCAUGUAUGGGGCUAUGAUUUACAAUCCGGCGCCUGUGACUGGGCUGAAGUCUACUCCCGACGGCAAAUGGGACGUCGACACUCCUCACGGGACCAUUCGUGCGAACCGUAUUGUUAACACUGCAGGAUUUUGGGCCCGAGAGCUCGGUCAGAUGAUCGGGUUUGAUCAUCCCACCAUCCCAGUGCAUCACCAGUACGUGGUAACAGCAACAGUGCCCGAGGUGAAGGCGCUGAAAAAGGAACUUCCCGUCAUCAGGGACUUGGAAGCCUCCUACUACCUGCGUCAGGAGCGAGACGGCCUUUUGUUCGGUCCGUAUGAGAAGAUGGAGAAAAUGGUGCUCCAGGACUCAUGGGUGAGAGAAGGAGUCCCACCAGGAUUUGGUAAAGAGCUGUUUGAGUCAGACCUCGACCGUAUAAUGGAACAUGUGGAGAUGGCUAUGGAGAUGGUACCAGUUCUGAAGACGGCAGACAUUAUAAACAUUGUCUCUGGGCCAAUCACAUACACUCCCGACCUCCUGCCUAUGGUCGGACCACACCAGGGUGUUCCUAACUACUGGACAGCCAUUGGAUUUGGGUAUGGAGUCAUUCAUGCAGGCGGCAUCGGGAAGUUCCUGAGUGACUGGAUCAGAACCGGGGAACCUCCUUAUGAUCUGAUUGAGUGUGACCCUAAUCGUUACGGCAAGUGGGUUGACAUCCCAUUCCUCUGUGCCAAGGCCCGAGAAUCAUAUGGCUUCAACAACGUGGUGGGUUACCCCAAAGAGGAACGCUUCGAAGGCCGGCCGACGAAGCGAACAAGUGGCGUUUACGACCUCCUCAAAGACAGAUGCUCCAUGGGCUUUCAUGCCGGGUGGGAGCAGCCUCAUUGGUUCUACAAACCUGGAGAUGACAUUGGAUACAAGCCCAGUUUCCGACGUACAAACUGGUUUGGACCAGUUGGAAGAGAGUGUAAACUGGUGAUGGAAAAGGUGGGAGUCGUAGACCUGACGCCUUUUGGGAAAUUUAAUGUGAAGGGAAAGGACUCCCACAAGCUCCUGGACCGCCUUUUUGCCAACACAAUGCCCAAGGUCGGUCUAACUAAUAUCAGCCACAUGUUGACUCCCUCUGGGAAAGUCUUUGCAGAGGUCACCAUCACGCAGGUAGCACCAGGAGAGUUCAUGCUUAUCACAGGCUCUGGGUCAGAGCUGCACGACCUCAGGUGGAUUGAAGACGAGGUUGCAAGAGGCGGAUAUGAUGUCGAAAUAAAAAAUGUCACAGAAGAUUUAGGAGUCUUGGGAAUUGCAGGACCUUAUUCACGCACUGUUCUUCAAAAACUGACCAAUGAGGACAUGAGUGAUGCUGGUUAUAAGUUUCUGCAUUGCAAGAAAAUUGAGUUGGCAGGUGUUUCUGUCCAAGCCAUUAGGAUUUCCUACUCAGGUGAACUUGGUUGGGAGAUGUAUGUGCCCCAGAAUAACAUGGCAACUUUGUACCAAGCUAUUAUGGACGCUGGAAAAGAAUAUGGCAUUGAUAAUUUUGGCACUUAUGCUAUGAAUUCCCUGAGACUGGAGAAGGGCUUCAGGGGCUGGGGAGCCGAGAUGAACUGUGACACCAACCCAUUGGAGGCUGGACUGGAUUACUUCAUCAAACUCAAUAAGCCCGCUGACUUUAUUGGCAAAGAGGCUCUCAAGGAGAUAAAGGCCAAAGGUCUGAAAAGAAAGCUGUCAUACCUCAGUGUGGACACUGACGACAUCGACCCCGAGGGGAAUGAGACCCUUUGGUUAAAUGACAAGGUGGUUGGAAACACGACGUCUGGAGCCUACAGUUACAGCGCGCAGCACAGUCUGGCCUUCGCGUAUCUGCCCCUGGAGCUGACGUCUGUGGGGCAGAAGGUGGAGGUGGAGCUCCAGGGAAGACGGUACCCCGCAAUGGUCAUCCAGGAACCUCUCAUCCUGACGGAGCCCACACGGACCAGGCUGCAGAAAAAGGCCAAGACCAAAGCUGCUUAA